AUGACGGAGAACAAUCUUCCCCAAACAUCAACGCCUCAGGCGGCGCCCGCCCCCGUGCCUGUCUCCGGCGAGCAGACGCACCCCGUCUCGCAGAUCCCCGCGACCACGCCCGCCUCGGUGACGGCGACGGCUGCCGCGGCCACCGCGGCCGUGAACGGCUCGAUGAACGGUGCGGGCGAGCAGCUCCCCUGUCAGUGGGUGGGCUGCACCGAAAAGUCUCCCACUCCGGAGGCACUCUACGAACACGUGUGCGAGCGCCAUGUCGGUCGCAAGAGUACCAAUAACUUGAACUUGACCUGCCAGUGGGGAGCAUGCAACACUACCACUGUCAAGCGCGAUCAUAUCACAUCCCACAUCCGAGUGCAUGUGCCUCUCAAGCCUCACAAGUGUGAUUUCUGUGGCAAGGCCUUCAAGCGCCCCCAGGAUCUGAAGAAGCAUGUCAAAACCCAUGCCGACGACUCGGAAAUCCGCUCUCCCGAGCCUGGCAUGAAGCAUCACCCUGACAUGAUGUUUCCCCCGAAUCCCAAAGGCUACGCUGCUGCCACUCACUAUUUCGAGGGCCCGAUGAACGGCGUCGGCGGCCAGCAGUAUACUCAUGGAGCUCCUCAGUACUACCAGAGCCAUGCGCCUCCUCAGCCCGCCAACCCCCACUCAUACGGCAAUGUCUACUAUGCCCUGAGCCAGGGACAAGACGGCCAACAGGCUUACGACCGCAAGCGCGGAUAUGACGCCCUGAACGAGUUCUUCGGUGAUCUCAAGCGCCGCCAAUUCGACCCCAAUUCUUACGCCGCUGUUGGCCAGCGCCUGCUGGGUCUCCAGGCACUGCAACUUCCCAUUCUCAACGGACCCGUCCCCGAGUACCAGCCCAUGCCGGCUGGUAUCGCAGUCGGAGGCGGUGGCUACAGCCCCGGCGGCGCUCCUGCUCCUGCCUACCACCUCCCGCCCAUGUCGAACGUCCGCACCAAGAACGACCUGAUCAACAUCGACCAGUUCUUGGAGCAGAUGCAAAACACAAUCUACGAGAGCGACGAGAAUGUGGCUGCCGCUGGCGUGGCUCAACCCGGUGCCCACUACGUGCACGGGGGCAUGAACUACCGGACUACCCAUUCUCCUCCGUCCCAGCUCCCUCCCACCCAUGUCACCGCGGCCACCUCUGCGCCUAUGAUGGCGACCUCGGCUCACUCUCCCUCGAUCGGCACCCCUGCCCUGACACCGCCCUCGAGCGCACAGUCGUACACCUCAAAUCGCUCCCCAAUUUCCAUGUCUCAAAACCACCGCGUCUCACCUCCUCAUGAGAGCGGCGCGGGUAUGUAUCCCCGCCUGCCGUCGACCACCAUGUCCGAUAGCAUGACUGCCGGCUACCCGACCGCGUCCAGCGCAGCCCCGCCUUCCACUCUCAGCGGUGUCUUCGAUCACGAUGAGCGCCGCCGCUACACUGGUGGCACUCUGCAGCGCGCGCGCCCCGCGGAGCGAGAACUCGAUGAGAACAGCAUGGACACUUAUCAUGACGGCAAGGAGGACCGCGAGCGCACUCCUACUAAGGAUUCUAUCGCUACUAGCUUGAUUGACCCUGCCUUGUCCGGCGCUUCUCCCGACCCCGAUCAGGAGGCUGCCCAGCGCACUGCUCAGGCUGCCACCGAGGUGGCCGAUCGCGACGUCAACGUUGCGUGGGUGGAGAAGGUUCGUUUGCUAGAAAACCUCCGUCGCCUGGUAUCCGAGCUUCUGGAGCAGGACAGCUUUGGAGAGUCCAGAAGCCACAGCGGAACCGAGUCUUCGGCAUCAGGGACGGACGCUAUGGAGGGAGUCGAGACCGCCAGUCGGGCCUAUGCUUCUCCUGGGCAAUCCGAGGACCUUACCAAACAGGAGCCUACCAAGCAGGAGCCUGAGGCAGUCCUGUACCCGACACUGCGCGAGGUGGACGAGGACGGAGAUGCCAAGAUGCCCGGCGACGGGGCGUAG